AACCUUCGGCGCUUCUUGUAAGGCUGCUACGGAACAUGAAUUGACUUCAUGUAGGAAAUCAAUGGGAGACUCAAACAGUUACUCCGAUUUGCAAAGAGCCAUAGAUGAAUUCAGACGCUACUACGACAGUAGCUCCAACUUAUUCGAGCGAACAGUAGAUUGUUUUCAGGAAAUCGAAGGAAGUGUUCCAGUGACUAACAAAGAUGCACUCAGGUUUCUCUUGCCGCAUCAAGAGGAAGUAAGAAACGAGCUCCAGAAAAGCCCUUCGGUGUUCUUUAUUGGCGAAAAGAACUGCGGAAAAAGCUCAGUGAUUAAUGAACUUCUUAGAAAGUCUGCUUUACCAGUUGACGAGAUCCCUUGCACGGCAAGAAUUGUUCGAAUCAAAUAUGCGACUGAGCCGUACGUUAGACUCAUAAGAUCAAAUGGCGAAGAGGUCAAGAAACAGUUCUUUACCGACAAACAACCCCCAAAAGAAUUCAUCGUCGUUUCCGAUCGGGACAGGGAAGAUGAAGCUGUCUUGGGAGCCACUGUUGAGGUCGGAUUAAACCACAAGCUUCUACUAAGUGGAUUGGAACUCAUCGACUCGCCUGGGAAGAGUGAAUCAGAGGCAUUAGACAAAGUGUUGGACAGCUUCCUUGAAAAAGGCACCAUACCAUUGUUUGUAUAUGUCAUCAACGGAGAUAAACGACUCACACGCUCGGUAAGUAAAGGCUAAACCACCCAUUGAAUCACUCUUCUAGUCCAUGGAUAAGACAUACGCAAUAUCUGUUGUUCUUUAUUAUAAAUAGAAGCUUUAUUUGUUUACAUCUUAUGGUUUGAAGUCUGGCAUCAAAGAGCAUGGAAAGUUUUAAUCUCUUACUUGAGCUCAUGCGGGUAUCAGCGGCCAUCCCGAGGGGUCUACCCCCGGGCAACCCAAUGGCAACCCACGGGCUUAGCAGGGGAUUUGUAGCAAAGGCAUGCCCCGCACGCGGGGCAUUAGAGCGCUUUUGCGUUUUUGGCAAAAUUCCCCGGGGCCAUACCCACGGGAUUUGCACGUAAUCUGCUGUCUCAACGUUCAGCGGUUUUCGCCACAGGACAAGCAAGCUCGCUCGCUCGAUGUUCUUCUAGCCCUCGAGGUAAAUGGGAGUAAGAAACGACCUGAUCUCAGUUAUUUUUGCUUUCCUACAAGGCCCAAUGAGCGUAAGAAGUGGGAGGUUUUCUGUAAGCGAGCGGAUAAAAAAUUCAAGACACUCGGCGAUCCAAGAAUCUGUUCAUUGCAUUUUAAGGAAAGCGACAUCGAGAUUUCAAUUUCAUACGGUUAGUUCGCAUUCGAAGCGUCUUGCCGAUAGGAAGAGACAGUGUGAUGAACAACCGCAAGCCAAGAAAGUUUGCCCUAGAAAGCUCGAAUUUGAGGACUCCAUAGAGACUUGUGUGGAUUUAAGUGCUGAUGUGGCUUCAGUAAACCAUGAUCACUCGUUCUUUUGCAUCGAGGAACAAGCAACACCGACUAUAUGUUGCCCAGGUUGCUCCAGGGGUGGGGGUAUUUGUCCCAAUUUUUUGCCCUACCCGAGGGGCUUUAGCAUGUAUUUGUCACGGCAGCUGUAACAAAUGCCCUUGGGUGCCCGGGGGUCGACCCCUCGGGAUGGCCGCUGAUACCCGCAUUAGUCUAACAGCAACUUUGCCAAAGAGUCUCGUAAAACAUGAGCAAGAGGAACUUAAUUUAAAUGAUUUUAAAAAUGAAAGCCUGGAAUCAUCUCGCGAAGUAAUAACUACAAAAUUAAACCGGAAGAACCCUGAACAGCUCAUCAUGUGAUGAGCUGUUCAGAUAUGUAACGAAUUUCUGUUACAAUAGUAACAGAACAAUAUAUGCAUUUACAAGGAAAGUUUGAAAUUAACGUGAUAAAUUGGUGAUUAAGUGUAGGUUUCUCCCAUUGAAUGUGGAUAGCUUCUUUAUUUUAAGUUGAAAGUGGUGGAAGCGUGAUCUAAGAUGUUAAAACACUCAUCAGAACAAUGUGUGCGACAUCGUGGAGAAUUAUGUAGAUGUCUGAAAAUGUGAGAGGUCCUAUCACUGACCAAGUGCUCACAUACGCGUUUUGAAAUUUAAAAAGUGUCUUUCAUUUUCUCAAAUUAGGAAAGUUUAGAGAAUGUACAUCAGAUUUUCAAAUAGUCCACUUUCUCCUCUGUAGUGAACGCUGUCCAAACUGAACUAGACCGGAGAACAUCCAAACUUACUACUUUGUGGACUGGUCGAUUUAUAGGCUAGGGGCAAAGGGGAGGGGUCAGGGGAUUUUGGUUGUAUGUACUCUUGUUUUCCCCCUCCCAUAUUGGCAGUUAAUAGACAGUCAAUGUUCUAUGGUUUUCCCUAUGUACUAUGUUGGCGACGACUGAUCUCACUCAGUUCUCCUUGAAAACCAUGUGAUCCCCCCCCCCCAAAAAAAAAAAAUUCUAGUUACCAUUCCCAAAUUGUUAUUCGAAGUUAUUGAGAGUAGAUCUUUGCCAAACAAUCAGAAUUUCCUCUUUGAAUUAACCCUUCACUGGGCUAUUUAUUUCUUCCUUUCAGGAUAGAGAAACACUGGAAUUCUUAGGGGACAAAUUUCCUCAAACUCAAAUCAUGUUUGUUUGCAACAAAGUGGACAUCACUACGAAAGCAAAGAAAUAUGAUCGGCGGUCAAGACGUAGCUUGCAAUCUCACAGAGAUGAUGAUGAUCAUGACGAGGGCAACGAUGACGACGACGACGAUGAUGAUGAUGAUGAAGAUGACGAUGAAGAGACAGGUAACAGUUGUAAACGUCAUUUAAAUGAGUCAAGAAUAGCAAACGAAAAGGCAAAGGCCGUUUUUGAUCUACUAAAAGACAGGUAUCUCCGUGGAGAUUCGUGGGAGACGUGCCCCAUGUUCCAUGCUAUUUCAGCCAAAGAAGUUCGCGAAGAACGCCGGAGAAAACAAGAGGGAGAAGCAACCACAAAAUUUCGUCUUUUUGAAUCCAGUCUAGAGAACCGCCUUUGUGAGGUUGUUAAAACUCAAACUGUUAGAGUCGUAAGAAAACUUGUACUUCUCCAAGAAAGCUUUGCGAGUACCAUGAAGGUGCGAAGGGAUUCCAUCACCCACAAAGCAUCGGUUGUGCCUUUGUUGAAUUCAAAAGCUGCCGAGGUGUUGGACAAAAUGAUCCAAACGUUGGCAACAGCAAUCACAUUUAAGUCGGAGGAGGCAGAGCGCACGCUUGUGACAAAUUUAGAAGUCCUUAAGACGCAUGUUUUACGCGAAGCUGAAGAGUACAAAGCCGAGAAACGGGAAAGUCUGCAGAUAGAGUUUCAAACCCUGGUUAGAACUGAGCUACCGGCUUUCUCAGAGACAUUGCUAGAUUCCGGCCUUGACAUUGCUUUAGCAACAUUUGUUGCUGACAUGAAACGCAGCAUCUUGGAAAUGUCAUGCCAAACCCUGGAGACAGCUGUUCACGGCCUCAUGAAGGAUUACGUCCACGAUCUUAUACGUGCUAUCGAUGACUUCCAUUCAGUCGUUCAAGACCCAAUGGUCUCACGCAUAUUAGAGGACAUCUAUGACUUUCAAUUCCUGGCCGUCAAAAGUGAAACAGAUCAGUUACUCCAAGUUGUUAUGAAUGGGCUUCUUGACUCCACGAACGACGUUUCCUCUGUUGCUCUGAGAACUGGAAUCUCGGAUCCUCUCUCUCGAGUUCUUUCGCCACGAGACUUGGUGAGUUACCAUGACGUAGAUAUUUCCGAGAGGUCAACCAGGCAGAAUAUUUGUGAGACGCUGUUGGCUAUGAUUGACUUCAAUGGUGUCGUGUAUUCAGUUCUAACCGUAUGUGCAGACCGUCUGUUAGAAAUGCAUGAGAAAUUUCAGGGUGCCCUUUCUUCUUUCAAUUCUUUGCAAGAGACUUUUACCAACAGCUUCGUGUCAGCUCAGCUGGAAUCUUUCCGGGUCCAAUUGACCCCAAAGAUUCGCAAAUUGACUGUGGAAGGAAUGGCCUUGCAAUAUUUGCAAACGUUUGGGCCAGUUGAGCGUGGUUCUCUUGUGGCCAAAACAAGACAUGGAGCUAUCUAUGACUGCAUAAGCGAAAGCUGGUGUAGUGCCACACCCACUGGACAGUGCGUGGUAAAAGUCAUUGAAAAGCGAAAUUUGAGCGAAGCUGCCUGGAGCCAGAAUGCUGUGGAUUUAGUCAACAUGAUGUAAGUAAUGCAUUAAAAACUGUAGUGAAUUAAUGCGUCAGUCAAUUCUAAGCUUCAUCAUCCCCUUCGGGCAACCACCCGGGUAUUUGAGCUUUUGAAGAUUAUUCCGUUUAUAUUCCCGUCCCUCUGGGCCAAAUUUGCAUUCAAAUGGCUUACUCAAGCACAUUUUUUAUUGAACAACUCUCUGUACGAUCAACGAAUGUUUCUGAAUUUAGCAAACUCACUUUUUUUUUUGGUGCUGCUGUUUUUUUUGUUGUUGUUGUGGUUUUUUUUGUUUUUUUUGUUUUGUUUUUUUUUUUUGGCUUGUAAGCAUCAUUCUUCGAUGUGAAAGCGGACUCUUUUCUUUUAACUCCUCCAUAGUUAAAAUUUUAUCAAUACUCCUGGCUAAAGCUCCCCACCCCACCCAGGUAAGGUCCACACUCCUCACCCCCGCGGCAUGGACGACAAUCAAAUGCCUGUGGUAGAAGCGUCGAUUUGAUCAUAAACUGCUUGAUAAGAACAAAAACACGUUUUGAGGAUUCCCCCGUUCAAUUUAUCUCAAAGUUUGGGCGACUUCACUAAUAGUUUCGUGGCCUUAAUUCAGUCUGUUCACUCUAUUACAAAUCCAAACAGUAGACUAUCUGAUAUGUAUUUCUAAGACUUAACGAUCUGAAUUACCAUAUCCCUGACAAAAUCAUUAGAGUAAAUAUUGGUGUUAUUUGAUUUAGGGACAUAAAUCUGAGGCUCAAUGGAUCCCACCCAAACCUGUUACGCUUGUAUGGAUGGAUCCUCCCAGAUCCUGAUACCGUACACGUCGUCAUGGAGAAAGCAGAAAAGAAUCUGCUGCGUGCUCUCCAACCGGGAUUGCCGCUGAUUAUAAGGAUCAACAUAGCCUUGGACGUGGCUGAGGGGUUGAAGGCCAUUCAUGAUAUUGGUUACGUCUACGAGGAUCUGAAACCUGGAAAUAUUCUGGUAGGGGUCCUCUAUGUGUGCAAUCUGGGAUUUGGUUUUAAAUGAUGGUCUUUGCUGGAGACGUAAGAAAAAUUCAAAUAAUCACAGCAGUCUAUACGCCAUACAGGCCUACAUGACCCUAUCGAAUGGGUCGCUCUUUAGUUUUAAGAAUCGUGUUUAGUCUCAAGAAUAUGUCAACAAAAUAUAUUUUAUAGUUUCUGGCCACCCCUGAAUUCUGAGAAAAUCUGAAAUUUUUCGAUUCUGAAAUAACAAGAAUUUAGAUGAAAGAUAACGAGUCGUUGGAAAACAUUCAAGAAAAAAGUGUUCUCCUUAAGAGACAGUAUAAAUACAGUAAGAGCUAACCCGAGUAAAUCAUGGAACUUUAUCAAUGUACUGACAUUGUCACUGAUAAUUUGAAUUUUAUGUAAUGAAUUAUUUCUCAGCCAGGAGUAUAAAAGGGUACUGGCGAAUUGUCUGGGAAGCCUGAUGAAAUGUUUGGGGGGAGAGGGGCUGUAAUACUUCUAGUCUCUUCAUGCUACAGAAACCGACAUAGUGUCCGGCUUGAUGAGCCACUUGGCUCAUUUACAGACUUCACUUCUUUAAUUAAGUCAACAUAAAGUAACACUAAUUUCCCUGCAUUAACGUGAACACGUGUAUACUUUAUGACGCAUGGCUCCAAUUCCGGGAUGCUAACGCUUCUAUUGUAAAGGGAAAUCUCGCAACAGUUAUUUUCCUUUAGCUCAUGAAAGAUGGAAAAGCCAAGAUCAACCUCGCUAAACCUGAAAGUCCUUACAACAUGACCACUCUUGGUUCACCGUUCCACAUCUCACCAGAAAUGUACCACUAUCACCGAGAAAGCCACCUCAGUUAUCAUUCGUACGACAUCUACGCAUUUGGAAUGUUACUGUGGGUGCUCUUUGAGGGAAGUGGGAUAACAAGACCAGAAGUUUACCAAAACAUGGAAACUACUGAGGCAAUGCAAGGAGCGGUUGAGAAUGGAGUCCUUCCGAAAAGACUGCCUCAGGUGAACGAUGCAUGCUGGAAUUUCAUGAUGAUGUGCUGGAAAAACAGAGAAAGCAUUGAAAUGGAAAACGUCAUCUAUGAAUUGAACCUGAUAAGGUGUUCUUGCCUAGACACUUUGAUGCCUAGCGACCGUCGUUGAACAAAUAUUGUUUUCCUUGUUCCAGAAUUUUAUCGAAUAAGAGCAUACCAUGAAAGAUGUUUAAAACGUUUAGGAAAUACUCAUCCAGCAGAUAGAUUAAUGAUGAAAAAUGAUGUUAGAAGUCUUAGGAAAGAGCUAGUUGUGAUGGAACUAUAGCAUGUGGCAUAAUACAUGCCUUAUAGAUUGCAGCUGCCACCAAAUCCGUGGGGGCAUGGGUUUGAUAUUUCUGAACAUAGCCAUACCCCCAUCGAGUAAUGUUAACAUGUUAUUUUACAUUUUGAUUUCAUAUAAGUUCAGAAUAGGUUAUAAAUGUUUUGGUAGAAUAAUGAUGGCGGGAGAGAGAGAAAAAAAAUAUAUAGACAAAUAAUUGUUGCAGGGAAAAGGAGGUCGAAUUCAAUAGAAGUAACAUUUUAUUUAAAAUGGCUGGAUAUAUUUCCACUAGAGGGUUGAACCGAAAAAAAUACAGUAAGGGUUUUUUACUAGUUAGCUUGGCAGUUAACAGAAUUGGUCUUUGUGUUUUGUGGCGAUGUAUCCUAACGUUGUCAUGCAGUUUCGUAUUCAGUGAUCGAGAUGCCUUUAUUACAACAUUUCUAGCUUGAUAGACGAGUUUUUU